GAAAGGGCUUAUCUCUCUGUGUGACCAACUUACCAAAACGGCUCCUUUGUGAAACACAAAACAUCGAGUUAACCCAAGGAACGGAGGGAGCCAUGGCGGGCCUGCUACUGCCACACUCGCCACACUGCUUCCAUGGACGCAAAUUUCUGGACCCAUUUCCCUCUUCCUCAAUCUUAUUUCCUAAACCAUCCCUCCCAACCCGCAUUAGGGACAGUGUUCAUCAUCGCUUCCUUACAGGAACGCUAGCUCUACUCUCUCCUAGUAUCUUGUUCUGCAGCAACAAUAGAUUGACUGCAGUACAUGGCAGUCAGUUUAGCACAAGAACAAAAUCAGCAUCGGUACAGCCUGUGACUGAGGAAUUGGAGGAAAAUAAGUCCAAAGAUCCCCUUGUCAGCGGGGAUUCUAUUCGACGUCGAUUCCUUGAUUUCUAUGCUUCCCAUGGCCACAAGAUUCUUCCAAGUGCUUCUCUUGUGCCAGAUGAUCCUACUGUUCUAUUGACAAUUGCAGGAAUGGUUCAGUUUAAGCCAAUAUUCCUCGGAAAAGUAUGUGAACCUAGAUAGAUUUAUGAAGUCAUCAAAGGACAUCACUAAGAACCUUUAAUUCUUAUGCUAUCUGAUGAGAUUGCUAACAUAUAAAUGGCACAAUCUACAUUUUGGAGAUCACUAUUAAAUAAACUAGGAAAGAAAGCUGUUAAAAGACAUGAUUCUUGUUGAAGUUAACAGUUAAAGCUUAGGCCAACAAAACUGAUCCUGACUGAUAUUAUUACCUUUGAGCUUGUAACACAUUGCCCUUUUCUUCAAGUGUAUUUCUGCUUACAUAAUCAGGCUUCCUGCUCUUUUUGUGGAAAUUUGAAGAUUAAGUCUUAGAUUGCCCAUGCUGGCUUUCAUGUUCAGAGUCCUAGACAAGUACCUCGUGCCACUACUGCACAAAGGUGCAUACGUACAAAUGAUGUGGAGAAUGUUGGCAAAACAGCACGACAUCACACUUUUUUUGAGAUGCUGGGAAACUUCAGUUUUGGAGAUUACUUCAAGAAGGAAGCAAUAAAAUGGGCAUGGGAGCUUUCAACUGUGGAAUUCAGGCUCCCAGCUGAAAGAUUAUGGGUAAGUGUGUAUGAAGAUGAUGAUGAAGCAUUUAAAAUAUGGCAAGAUGAGGUGGGUGUUCCUGUUGAGCGUUUAAAGAGAAUGGGUGCAGAUGACAACUUUUGGGCAAGUGGUCCUACUGGUCCCUGUGGCCCUUGUUCUGAAAUUUAUUAUGAUCUCCAUCCUGAAAGGGGAAAUUCUGCAACGGAUCUUGGGGAUGAUACCAGAUUUAUAGAGUUCUACAAUCUGGUCUUCAUGCAGUACAAUAGGAAGGAUGAUGGAUCACUUGAACCCUUAAAGCAAAAGCAUAUAGAUACAGGUCUUGGGCUGGAGCGAAUGGCUCGCAUCCUUCAGAAGGUUCCCAACAAUUAUGAGACUGACUUGAUUUAUCCCAUUAUAGAGAAGACCUCAGAAUUGUCUGGUGUCUUCUAUGCUCUUGCAGAUGAGCAGACGAAAUUGAACUUAAAAAUUAUUGGAGACCACUUACGUGCAGUUGUAUAUCUCUUAGCAGAUGGUGUGGUUCCAUCGAAUAUUGGUAGAGGUUAUGUGGUUAGACGGCUUAUCAGAAGGGUUGUUCGAACUGGCAGGUCUCUUGGUAUAAAUGGGAAUGUAGAGGGUAACCUUGAAGGAGCAUUUUUGCCCAUCAUUGCACAGAAAGUAAUAGAAUUAAGCACCCAAAUAAAUCCAGAUGUCAAGGUUAGAGCAGCCUUUAUUGUAGAGGAGUUGAAAAGAGAAGAACUUCGUUUUGUGCUGACACUAGAGAGAGGAGAAAAAUUGCUUGACCAAAUGCUAAUGGAUGCACUGUCUUGUGCUCAAGAAAAUGGAACUACCCCUUGGUUGUCUGGACAGGAUGCAUUUCUUUUAUAUGACACGUAUGGCUUUCCAGUGGAGAUAACAACAGAAGUGGCUCAAGAACGUGGUGUCACCAUAGAUAUGAAGGCUUUUGAUGCUGAGAUGGAAAAUCAAAGGCGUCAAUCUCAGGCAGCCCACAAUGUUGUUAAACUUUCAGCUGAAGAUGGUGCCAGUCUUGGAAAAGAUGUUCCUGAUACUGAAUUUAUAGGAUAUGACAAUCUUUCUGCUCGAGCAGUAGUUGAAAGCCUCCUGGUAAAUGGAAAGCCUGUGAUACAGGUUUCUAGAGGAAGUGAUGUCGAGGUUUUGCUGGAUCGAACACCAUUUUAUGCUGAGUCAGGUGGCCAAAUUGGAGAUCAUGGUUUUCUUUAUGUUAGUGAAGAAAACCAAAAUGGCACUAUUGUAGAGAUCAAGGAUGUCCAAAAAUCUCAGGGCAAUAUAUUUGUUCACACUGGAACUGUCAGAGAUGGGAUUCUAGAAGUUGGAAAAGAAGUGGAAGCUGCCGUAGAUGCAAAACUAAGGCAGCGAGCUAAGGUUCAUCAUACUGCUACCCAUUUGUUACAAGCUGCACUUAAGAAAGUAAUUAGCCAGGAAAUAUCACAAGCGGGUUCAUUGGUGGCUUUUGAUCGUCUCAGGUUUGAUUUUAACUUCCACCGUGCUCUUCAUGAUAAUGAGCUUAAAGAAAUUGAAGAACUUAUCAAUAGAUGGAUUGAGGAUUCAACACUUCUUCAAACAAAAGUGAUGCCUCUCACGGAUGCAAAAGAAGCUGGUGCCAUUGCAAUGUUUGGGGAAAAAUAUGGCGAAGAGGUCCGUGUUGUAGAGGUUCCAGGUGUGUCUAUGGAACUUUGUGGUGGGACCCAUGUCAGUAAUACUUCAGAAAUACGUGUCUUUAAAAUAAUCUCAGAGCAGGGGAUUGCAUCUGGAAUCAGACGAAUAGAAGCUGUUGCUGGGGAAGCAUUUAUUGAAUACAUCAAUAGCAGGGAUUCCCACAUGAAGAACUUAUGUUCCAUGCUCAAAGUCAAAGCUGAAGAAGUAACAACCAGGGUAGAAAAUCUCAUAGAGGAGCUGAGACUGGCAAGAAAUGAAGUCUCUGCUAUGCGUGCUAAAGUGGCAGCCUAUAAAGCAUCAAUAAUUGCAAGCAAGGCCUUCCCUGUAGGAACCUCACAGAAGAUAAGGGUACUGGUUGAGUCCAUGGAUGAUAUUGAUGCUGAUUCUCUAAAAGGUGCAGCUGAACAUCUGAUUGAUACACUACAAGAUCCAGCAGCUAUAAUCCUGGGCUCCUGUCCAGGUGAAGGGAAAGUGAGUUUAGUUGCUGCAUUCACUCCAACAGUGGUUGGUCUCGGUAUUCAGGCAGGAAAAUUUAUAGGUCCUAUAGCUAAGCUGUGUGGUGGAGGAGGUGGUGGCCGACCCAAUUUUGCUCAAGCAGGUGGAAGAAAGCCUGAGAAUCUGCCAAGUGCACUACAAAAGGCUCGGGAAGAUCUUGUCUCGCUUCUAGCUGAAAAAACAAGUUGAAACAAGUUGUAACAUGUAUAUGUGGUCAAAUUACGUUCCAAAAGCUUUAUUGCAGUUCUGGGUAGAUCUUGGCGAUAGCAUGCUUUGAUUUUUGCUACGUGGAAAACCUUUCAGCAGCUGAUUUAUGGUGGAUGGGAGGAGAAAACUGUACAGUUAGUGUCACAAAUGUAGAGGUAACACCACAUUCUUUUGAAACCUUGAUAUGUAUUACCUAACCUUAUCUUCAAAACCUUUCUUGUUUAAUAGCACUUGAAAUAUUUAUAGGCUGAAAAUGAAUAGUCAAAGGAGAACAGUUAUACUCUCAACUAGAAAUUAACUAAUGACCAUUUAUGG